UGAGAUAUCGACGUGCCCAACAUGGCGCGAGCUCAGCCAAUCAUCACACGCCUCGGACACGACCCCGUCGGGUUUAUGCGGGCCCCAUCAUUCCCGCUUCCGGCCCCCUCACCCCUCCUCCCCCUUCCCGCACUCGACGCCCUCCUCGUCGCCGCCAUCGACGCCGCCGCCGGCCCCCGCCACCUCCGGGCCGUCCACGCUGUCAUACUCCAUUUCGGCCUCCACCACCGCUGUUUCCUCGUCGCCAAGCUCCUACGCGGGCUCUCCCACUACCGCGUUCCCCUCCAUCCCUACCCCCUCCGCCUCUUCUCCCUUGUUCCCCGCCCCAACCCCUUCCUCUGGACCGCCCUUAUCCACUCCGCCGUAAUUCUCCGACCUCGCCUCCCCGAUUACCACCCCCUCCGGAUCUACUCCCUCAUGCGCCGCCAAUGGCCUCCCUCGCCUCCGCUCUCCUUCACCUUCACCGCCCUCCUCAAGUCUGCCGCUGCCGACCUAUGCCUCGCCAAUGGCCUCCAGAUACACGCCCAGUCCAUUUCCACGGGCGGCUUUGACGCCGACCUCUUCGUCCAGAACACGCUCAUCUCUAUGUAUGUCGAAUGCUGUGACUUGGCCUCGGCUCAUAGGGUGUUUGACGGAAUGUCCAUUCGGGAUGCCAUUUCUUGGACUUCGUUGACUGUGGCUUACACCAAAACUGGCGACGUCUCUUCUGCAGAAGGGUUAUUUGAAAGAUCCCCAGCAAAAGAUGUGGUGGCAUGGACGGCGAUGGUCACCGGAUACGCUCAGAAUGCCAUGCCUAAAGAGGCACUGACAACGUUCGAGAGAAUGCGUGAAGCGGGUGUUGUGAUCGACGAGGUUGCGUUGGUUGGCGCAGUUUCUGCUAUUGCACAGUUGGGUGCUGCAAAGCAUGCCGUCUGGAUUCGGGAUAUUGUGGACUGCACUGGGUUCCGGCAGACUGUGGUCGUGGGUUCGGCUAUGGUAGAUAUGUUCGCAAAAUGUGGGCUCAUCGAUGAGGCACGCCAGAUGUUCGAUGAAAUGAUGAACCGGAAUGUGUACACAUACAGUGCAAUGAUCGUCGGACUUGCAGCACAUGGCAGAGCUCAUGAGGCAAUUGCUUUGUUUAAGGAGAUGGUGGGGAAGACAGAUGUGAAGCCAAACCAUGUCACGUUCAUUGGGGUGCUCACAGCUUGUAGCCAUGCUGGGAUGGUGGAGGUAGGCCGAUACUACUUCCAUUUAAUGAAGGAUGAGUAUGGGAUUGUUCCUUCUCCUGAUCACUAUACAUGCAUGGUUGAUUUGUUGGGACGCGCUGGACUUGUUGAAGAAGCUCUUGAGCUUGUGAGGUCAAUGCCAAUGGAGCCACAUGGUGGUGUGUGGGGUGCAUUACUGGGAGCUUGUCGGAUUCAUGUUAAACCUGAUAUAGCUAGAAUUGCUGCGAAUCAUUUGUUUGAGCUUGAACCUGAUAGAAUUGGCAACUACAUGUUGCUUUCAAAUACAUAUGCAUCUGCAGGGAUGUGGGAUGAGGUGUCAAAGGUUAGGAAGUUGAUGAGAGCAAGGGGGUUGAAGAAGAACCCAUCUGCAAGCUGGACAGAAGAUAAGGAUGGGUCAGUCCAUGAAUUUUUUGCAGGGGAUGGUUUGCACCCAAGAACACAUGAGAUAAAGGAUACUUUAGAGGAUCUGUUGGGGAAGUUGAAACUAGAAGGUUAUGAUCCAGUAUUGAGCUCAGUUCUUUAUGAUAUUAAUGAUAAUGAGAAGGAAAAGUUACUAAAGGGUCACAGUGAGAAGCUGGCUUUGGCAUUUGGCCUGUUGACGACUGGUGCUGGGGACACAAUUAGGAUUGUGAAGAACCUGAGGAUUUGUGAGGACUGUCAUCUGGUGAUGCGCCUUGCGUCAAGGGCUGUGAACAGGGAGAUUGUGGUGAGGGAUAAUAUGAGGUUUCACCAUUUCAAAGAUGGGGCAUGCUCCUGCGGAGAGUUUUGGUAAAUGGUGGAUGAUAUGAUUGGCUGGAGAUUCCAAGUUCUCACAUUUGAAAUGCAAGAUAUGAUCAGAUAGGGUAAGGAAAGAUGACUAUGAAGCAUUUGACCAUGACAUAAGUAAAUGAUGAUGCAAUAUGGAAAACUCCUUCCCAUACAUACAAACAAUAUGAUUACUUUUAUGACUCAGAUUUAAUCAUCUAAGUUGUAAAGAAGCCAUAUUACCAUAACGUCAGAGUUUCUGAGGUACAGAAUCAUGGAAAAGGAUUGAAGGAUACAUGAGAGAUCUAAUCAUCCCUUGCUAACACAUUCAGAUACAAAUGCUAUAAGACGAGGAGAAUGAUUGGUUUGUUUUGGAGUAUUUACUUCUACAUUUAUUAUCAUCGUGGCUAUCUCCGCGACGAAAAUAUAUAUGAACAGAGCUGGUGGCAGCAUGUUAAGUCUUCAAGUUGCUAUGGUUGAUUUAGCAGCAUUGUCCUCUUCAUGCUUGACAAUUGACCUAGUAAAUCGAGACAUGACUGCAAUUUUGCCGAGGCAACACAACAAAUGUCAUGGUUUUCUCCAUCCCCUCUUUGUGCUGAUGCUACCUCACUGUAUCUGGCUUAAAGGACUGUUUUAGCUUGUACAUGAAGAUCUUUGAGAAACAACAGCAAGACUCAAUUAUAACUGGUUUCAAAUGCAUGAUUCAGGCAAGUCUUUUAUGCUGGUAACGUCUUCCAGUGCAAGUUCGCGCUCCAACUGAAUUCUUGUGAACUUCAGAACCUCCUGGGGAGAAGCAAGACAUGGAAAUCAGAGGCAAAAAACAAUAAACUCACACACAUGCAGGGUGAGCAGGUAAUUACAUUGAACUCCAUAUAAGAAGCAUGUCUUGCAAGCCACUGAGCAUCCAACAUACAGAAAGCUAUACAAUAGAGGUUAUCAAAUGCUUUCUCAUCGUUUCCAAGCAGUCCCAGGAAACGAACUCCUGCUUUUGAAGAUGGAAAAUCUGAGAUGAAAUAAGGACAGGCUGCUUUAACACCAAUAGCAAGCAUAAGUCUCCCAAAUGGCAGUCGAUGACAUACCUGACUGCAAGUCUAGCAUCUGAAUCAACAUGAAUGAUACAUUAACGCCAGCUACGGCAAAAGGAUACUCCCACUCAGCUCUUCUACCUUCUGAUUUGUGCAACAGCAUUUGGAAAGAAUUCUGCAUCAUAUAAUAGAAGGUUCAGGAUAUCAAUGCCUGAUCGUUAUGGUUGAAUGACAAAUGGAGGGAAGAAAAUGAAUCCUAGAGGCAAAUGACAGUGCCAAAGAAAAGGUGGCGACCGGGUAGUUUUUGGCAAAAUAGAUGAGGUUUUCCAAUGAUAUAAAGCCACCACCCCUGAGAGCAGAAUUGAGCAUUACUUUUACUAUAGAUCACUUCAACUUUUAUAAUCUCAAGGUAAUUGAAGCCCGAAAGAUACCUGGUUUGACAUUUACCUGAAAUCGGUUGAUGGAUCACAACCUUGCCAACCCAUUUCCUUCCAUGAGUCAGAUUUAAACGGGGGAACUUCUCGAUUAGGGUAGGAUGACUGCCAAAGCUGUUUCAGAGCAUCCUGCAACACAGAUCCAUCUGAGACUUCCAAAAGUUUCCAAAUCAGGCUUGCUCAAUCAAUAGAGUUAUGACAAGAAAUAGAAAAGGUGACGAAGGUAAAAUGUCAACCAUUAGCAAAUCCAGAAGCAAUACAUACUUGAUGAUCCAAAUGAGAUCCAUCAAACCGAACCUUCAGUCUCCGCCUCAGGUUUCUCAACCUUUCUUCCUGCAAGUUUGGAUACAUUAAAAAUAUAUGGGAGAAAAAGCAUUUGCAGAAAAGUUCAUCAAUGAUUCUUGAGUAUACAAUGUGUAGUGAAUAUGUCCUAUUGAUUAAUUGUAUGCUGUUCGAUCAUUUCCCUUCAAACAGAAGAAAUGCAUUAACAUGUGCAAGGAUGAAAAGGUCAUAUGAAAGACAUUAACAGAGUAAGAGAUUGUUUCA